AUGUCGCUCAGACAGCGGGCAGGCGGGUGGAGGCGUGGCCGAAGCCGACCCGCCGCCGCAGCCCUGGCGAGCCGAGUGCCCGCGCGAGCCGCAGCCCCCAACUACGACCCCUACCGGAUCAAGGUCCCGGACGUCGUAGUGCCGCCGUUCCCUCCUAGCAACGCCAAGCGGACCGGCGUGGUGUUCACCACUACAGAUCAGCACGGCCAUGGCCAAGAACCCUACCACCACCACCACCACCACCAAAACCAGGGCCCGCCAGUAUUCCAGCAAGGCCCCGAGGCGCAGGCAUCCGAGGACACCGACCCCAAAGACGAAACGUUCCUCGGAGUGCUCAAGGGCUUCUUCGGAAAAUUCAAAGGCAAACAAGGGAAGGGUGAAGGUGAUGCGAUGAUGAAACAUGACAUGGAGCUGCAGUGGCUCCGUCUUUAGAUCUUCGCGUCGCGAACACAGACCCAUCCGACCAUUUUGAAUUUAUAUUCCUACAUAGAAGACAUGUGAAAUAGACACUUUCCAAUACAAA